UUCGCUUCAUCCCCAAGAAACAACAACCACUUCUUCUUCCUUCUUUCGAUUAAGUUUCAUUAUGGCCGCUGGUGAUUAUUUUCGGAUCAGAGACGACCUGAUGGGAGCAGGAGACGAGCUGAUGCUCUUACGUUAUCUGAAGCCGAUGAUCGACGACGGAGCAUCCUGGCCUCAACACUUCACCGAAGACGCAGACGUGUUCAACAAGAAUCCAAGCAAGGAAUUCAAUCCUGAGAACACAGUCUUCGUGAUCGUUAAUCCUCGAACAGAGGCAUGUGGUAAAACCGAUGGAUGUGAGUAUGGUAGCUGGAGGAUCAUGGCACGUGACAAACUGAUCAAGAACGAGGUGACCGGGAAGCUUCUAGGGUUCAAGAAGAUUCUCAAGUUCUGCGUAGAGAAGACGAAGAGAGGCAGAGAGUACAAGAGAAGCUGGGUCAUGGAAGAGUUCAGGCUUCUGAACCCUAAGCAAGAUCACGUGAUUUGCAAGAUUCGUCUUUUGUUCCACGCCGAAAUAGGUUUCUUGCUAUCCAAGCAUUUCUCCUAUUCGUCUGGUCCGCUUCCUGCAACACAGUCAUUGCCAGCUUAUGGAUACGGUUUGCCUGACCCAGAAUACGAGGGUGCAUAUUAUCUUCGGAGCUUGAUCGAUCAUGAAAACGAAUGGCCUAGCUACGUUGCCAACGACGUGUUCUGCAUGCAUCCAUCGGCGCUUGUGGAUCCUCAUCGAGAUCAGAUGUUUGCAGAAUCAGGAAUCUGCAUCUUCACUAACCGGACAGAGGCUUGUGGUUAUACCGAUGGGUGUGAUGGAGGUUGCUGGAGGACCAUGGAGGGUGAUAAACCCAUCGCUUCGAUCAUGGAGGGUGAGACUUUUGGUUACAGGAGGGUUUUCAAGUUCUGCGAAGCGGAUGGUACAGCCAAAUACUCCUAUACUGAUCCCUACGGAGAAGUUGUGUUUCUGACUUGGAUUAUGGAGGAGUAUAGGCUUGCCGACGAGGAGAUGAAGGAUAAAGUGUUGUGCGUUAUCAAGCUUCUUCCGAGGUAAAUAUUCAUUGAUCAUUGAUUCAGGAGUCUCUGUGUGUGUGUUUCUUCUCCCUCUGUAUUCUAACUAUGAUAUAGUUUCUUAAUUCUCUAGCUAUUCAAUUUGGUUUAGACACUUGUGGUUCCAAUUUCUUUUACACACAAGAACGCUAAUAGCAUAAAGGCAACAAUAUUAACAGCAUCGUCACAUAGAUUUGUUCUUUUACACACAAUUGAGAACAAUAUUAGCAGCAUCCUCACAUAGAUUUUGUCUUCUAAAUUUUCACAAAACUAUAAGAACUAAGGCAGACACCAGUAACGUACCUUGUGAAGUAACCCUGUUCAGACGAUGCAAGGCCACUCACUCUAUUAAAUAUAGAUCCUUCGCCAAACAACACCUUCUCUGACAUAAUCACAACACCUUCCCUUUUCUUUCUUUUGUUAUCAUCUUCUUAACUCUCGUUUCUUCUAUAGUUGUAGUGAGCUACUUGUCUGAAUUACUAUAACAAACAUAUCCUAUGACCAAACAAUGAUGCUGCAACAUGGUGAGGGUUUGUACAAGAGUCAGUUCCCGGGAGAAGCUCAAUAACUGACGCUAUAAAGCUCAAUAUCUCGGCAGAAAAGAAACAAUCCAUAGGUAACAAAGCGCUUGUUUAUCUCACAUUAAUCCCUCAUUGUUUUUUUCUUUUCCGAUGCGAUUCAUCCUCUGCUCGACGACUGCUAGGUUCGUAGUUUGAGAUUCCCAAUUCGGUGGUUAAACCUAAUAGAUGGUUUACACAAACAAGAAGAAAAGACGACAAAACUUCUUUCAUAAAAUUGAACUUUUAUCAAAUAUAUAGGUGUAUUAUUUAUUCACCAUAUUCUCCAAAGUCUCAUGAAUCAUGAGAAAGAAGGGAACAAAUAGAAACAGAAGCACCUCCGACUUGUACCGCAAGUAGCGUCUCCCACCCAUAAUCAAUCUCUUUUACUACCGAAUCAAUCAUCGUUCUUGGUUCCAACGGAGAAACGAUAACAAACAACGUGGCUAACACUCAUCAGACCAAGAAGCGGUCCGACCACUGCCACGGCUGCUACGGUUGCAAACACAACCAAACAACCAGUCGAUUUCUCUCCAUCGGUUAUGGCUAUAGCACAGGUCUCAAGUUAGGAGGACUUGAGAGCUUUAUAGCAUGGCUAUAUAGAAAGGAAGAUGGUGGGCUAAUGACACGUGGAUGCUAAUAAGAUACAACUUUAUGAUACGUUUAAUCUUGUAAAAACCCCAAACGCAAAAAAAAACUUUAUCCACAAACCACAAGGCUUACGGAUUUGAACUGGACUGAAGUUACCGAAACAGAUCUCACCCAACACCGAACACAAAUGUAGAUAUGAACCGAUUUAGUACGAAAAGAUCGCAAACUUAAACAAAACUGAAUUUAAAAAAAAAACAAUAAAAGCACUCAGAAUUCAUAUGAAACUUUUGUUAUUUGUUUCCCUACUUUAUUUUUUCCAAACCAAGGAUUGAUAAUACAACAUAAUUGACCAAGGAUUCGAUGAAAACUUGAUAGCAUAAUUAUCACGUAAAUAAAAGAAUCGUUCUCCUUCUUUUAGUAAAUGAGAAA